AUGGCGAUGCCAGUGGCGAUGCCAGCGCCCAUCGUGAAGGCCGUGGUCAAGCCCGUGGCGAAGCCAUCGCAAUGGGUCUAUGCGGCCCCGCUCCAAAGCACCCCAGGACACCAAAAGCCGAACGCGGGCCUCCCAAAACUGGUCUCCAUGAAGGUUACAACCCCGCAGCGGAAGGAGCUGCCUCAAAUCGAUGGCCAGGUUCCAAGAGAUGCAGGUGUGGAGGGCAUGCACCCGGUGGAUUUUAAGACAUUUUGGGAGCAGAAUCAGCAAAAUAUGGUUGUGGUCGACCUGCGCGGUGAAGACCGGGCAAGUGGCCACAUCGCAGGGACAGUUCAUGUCCGGGCCAUGGAUCUCCUCAAGGAGAUCCAGAAAUUUGCGGAGAUGUUUCGGGACCAGCCGAUCGUUGCAUUUUUUUGCAAAUACUCGGCGCAUAGGGCUCCGACAGCCCAUGACCUCCGCGUACAGCAGAUGGAGACGACGCUGUCCAAGAAAGCAUGUGAUGAGCUGGCCCUGAAGGUUGGAAAGGACGUUUCGAAAAAUCAUCAAAGCAUGAUCGUGAUCGAUUUGCGCGGGAAAGAUCGGGCAAGCGGGGCAAUUCCAGGAACGGCAAUUAUCCCGGCCAUGGAUCUCCUCAAGGAGAUCGGGAAGUACGUGAAGGAUUUUGGCCCAAAAUCCUUCACGUACUUCCCGAUCUCCCUCAGAUUGUGGCACUUUUCUGCCAGUAUUCAGCUCACCGAGCUCCCACCGUGGCUGGAUGUAUCUCCCUUCGAAAGCAACACUUUCAGCAGCGUGAAGGUGGCUUCAGGGGAUGAGAGGCCCAUCUGAUAGGCCAAUCAGUUGACCAUCGACACGUUCUGGCCAAUCUUCAGCAGGCACAGUUCGAAUCCCUGCCGCCAUCAGCAUUCAGAUGUCAGUAUCCGGUAUCACCCCUUGGUCGAGGCCAACAUUGCUUCGCCGGGAAAACGCUGAAGCGCACUGAAC